AUGGGCAUUGAACUCCCUUUUGUGACUCUUGAUGUCUUCACUGACAUCAGGUAUCUCGGUAACCCCCUAGCCAUCGUGCACAUGAACCAGGGGGUUAUACUCAGUACUGACCAGAAGCAAAAGAUUGCGAGGGAAUUUAACCUUUCCGAGACAGUCUUCGUGGAUGACAGCAGCGAUGAGACAGACGAAGUCAAGAUCCACAUUUAUACGACGACUCAAGAGCUACGCUUUGCCGGACAUCCCACCAUAGGCACUGGCGCCCACCUCUUAGGCUCUCGUCCGAGCUCUUCUGACGGGAGCGACCAGGAACUUACCCUGAUCACACUGGCCGGGAAAAUUCCGGUUACCUACUCAGCUUCCGGUGGCCUAACGCGACUGGAAGUUCCCCAUGACAUUACUCUCCAUCCUAACCCAAUCUCACGCCACGUUGUUGCCAGAGCCGUGGGCCUUCAACAAAACGUCGAAUCCAUCAUCCCAAAUAUACCCUUUUCAGAUCACCGGGAUGGAGUAGUCGCGGUGUCCAUUGUGAAAGGAUUGACGUUUGCAUUGGUGAAACUCGACUCGCUUCAUGCGCUUUCCGCAGCUAAGCCAACUGGAACGCAACUUACACAAGAUGAACUCGAGAGAGAGGAUUCCAACGCUUUUUUGGGUAUAUACCUGUACUGUGUAACGGAGGAAAGUGAUGUUGAUGACGGCAGUGCCGUGACGAAGAAGCUUGGCAUUCAUACGAGAAUGAUAGCAGGAUCCUUGGAGGAUCCAGCAACUGGCAGUGCUGCAUCGUGUUUGUCAUCGUUUCUUACCUUGAUGAGCGAUGCAGAAGGAAUCCACCGCUUCAUCAUCAUCCAAGGGGUAGAAAUGGGGCGAAAGAGUAACAUCUUAGUCGAUGUGCUUCCGAAACUGGAUUCAAGCAAGGGUCGAGCCAUUGAUAAGAUCUGGCUUAGCGGGCGCGCAGUACAAGUCAUGAAAGGUACUGUGACUGUCUGA